AUGCCGCGGCGUCGGCAGCAGCGGCAGCACCAGCAGCGCGGGCGGGCGGCGUCGGCAGCGCAGCGCGGAGGCGCCAUGCCCCGGCCGUCCUUCCACCUGUGGCUCUUGCUGUGCUGGGCGGCGACGGGCUGCGGGGCGGGCGGCAGGCGCCUGCCUUCCUUCGGCGGCCACGUGGCGGAGAACCGGCCGGCGGGCACCCGGGUGAGCGGCCUGACCGUGCCGCUGACCCGCCUGGGGCCGGAGCCGUGGUGCGCCAAGGUGCAAGGGCGCCGCUGGCACCUGCGCCUGCUGGGCGAGGGCCACGCGCACUUCCAGGUGGCGCUGCACGCGCGCUCCGGCCAGGUGUGGCUGCGCACCCGGCGGCCCCUGGACCGCGAGGCGCGCGCCCUCUACGCCCUGCGCCUGGCCCUCUGCUGCAAGCGCUGCGCCGCCGGGCCCCCCCCCGAGCCGCCCCUGGCCCUCGCCGCCCCCGAGGACGCCCGGCCGGGGACCCUCCUGGCCACCCUGGGGCCCGCCGCGCGCUUCCCCUCGGCGCGCUUCGAGUUGGUCUCGCCCCCUCCCGACGAGGCCCCCGUGCGGCUGGACGGAGACACCGGCGAGGUUACUUUGGCCCGCGGCCUGGACCGGGAGACGGCGCCCCGGUGGGAGAUCAUCUGCCGCGUCCAGGAGAGAACAGAGCUGGGGUUGUACGAACUGGACGGCGACCCCGAGCGGAAGAAGUUCUUGGACGACCUCUUCGUUUUCAUGCAGAAAAGGGGAACGCCAAUCAACCGCAUCCCCAUCAUGGCGAAGCAGAUCCUGGACCUGUACAUGCUCUACAAGCUGGUGACCGAGAAAGGCGGGCUGGUGGAAAUCAUCAACAAGAAGAUCUGGCGGGAGAUCACCAAGGGCCUCAACCUUCCCACCUCUAUCACCAGCGCCGCCUUUACACUUCGCACACAGUAUAUGAAGUACCUCUAUGCCUACGAAUGUGAGAAGAAGUCCUUAAGCUCCCCUGCGGAACUGCAGGCCGCCAUCGACGGCAACCGGCGGGAAGGCCGCCGGCCCAGCUACAGCUCCUCCUUGUUCGGCUACUCCCCGGCUGCCACGGGGGGCCCGCCUUCGCUCCUGUGCCCCCCCAAGAUCCGCUUCCCCGUCGUCAGCCUUGCCCCCAGCGGCACAACCAGCAACCCUCACCUGUCUCCGGCAGCAGCUCUCAGGAAAGGCGAUGGUAUCCCCGUGACCGUGUCCACGCCAAAUCGCGUUGCCAUGCCCGUGACCCUGGCUAACCAGCAGGCCACCCUAGCGGCCAGGACGGCCACUCUGGAGCAGCUGAGGGAGCGGCUGGAGUCCGGGGAGCCCCCCGAGAAGGUCUCGCGGAUGACGGAGGAGGAGCAGCGGUUCGUCCAGCAGGCCCUCCAGCGCAACCUGUUCAGCAUGGCGCGGCAGCUGCCCAUGAAGAUCAAAAUCAACGGCCGAGAAGAUAAAUCAGAUUCAGGAGCGACGGCAGCCGCGGCGUUGAAUUGGACCCCGUCUGGCUUCGGAAGCAUCAACAUGUCAGUGGAAAUCAAUGGCACAAUCUACGCUGGAGUGCUGUUUGCCCAGAAGCCGGUCGUCCACCUCAUAGCUGGAUCCAGCACGCAGAGUACCGGUGGGGGGGGCAGCAGCAGCAGUAGCUCCCACUGCUCCCCCAGCCCCACCUCCUCGCGGGGCACUCCCAGCGCCGAACCCUCAACCAGCUGGUCUCUCUGAGGGAAACCGAGGGGCAGGUCUC